AAACUCUAGAACAUGAGAAUUAUAAUUUUAGUGGAAUGUUUCUUGCUAAAAUCGAGGAAGCAAUGCCACCACAUAAUAAAAAACCUGUAUUUUCAUCUGGUCAAUUAGCGAUGUUAUAUAUGGUAGAUAUGGCAAUAGAAGCUGGGCCUGUUUUUGAGUUUCAUCUUCCCAAGUUAUUUCAUGUUUUGUUUGUGCAAUUGGAUUCACCUAAUCCACUUAUAAGCGAAGAGACUAAAGCACUUUUGGUGAAUUUAAUUCAUUCAAUUAUCCUUUGCAGAUCGGUUUAUCCCGAAGUUAUUAAACUUGGUCAUUCCUUGGUUGCAGAGUUAAAAGCCAAAGAGUCACAAUUGUGGGCAUACGAAGAUAUAACAUAUUCUAAUCGAAAUAUUAAAAGUUUAUCGGAUUUAGAAAAAUUAGCUAAAGAUGUAGUAACUAUAUUUGGUGUUUCUCUAUACGGAGAGACCAAUAGUGAGGAUCUCAAACAAUUCUGGGGUGAAAUAGCAUUAACAUGGGCAACAUCUUGUCCUGUUCGUCACAUUGCAUGCCGAUCUUUUCAAAUAUUUCGUUCAUUGAAUCCUGGAUUCAACUUGAAUAUGCUCGCAGCUGUACUUGCGAGGUUAUCUAACACUAUAUCCGAUAAUUCAGAAGAUAUUCAAGGAUUUGCUUUGGAAAUUCUAAUUACAAUUAGUCAUGUUGUAGAUGGACUUGAACCUGAUACAAAAGAAAUAUUUCCACAAUUGUUGUGGGCAAUUAUUGCAUGUCUUCAAACUACGAAUGAACCCGAAUAUUUGGAAGCAUUAUCCAUCCUGGAUAAAAUUUUAGAUAAAUACAAUGUUUGUGAUGAAGAAAAUCAUGAAAUAUUUUGGAGUUUCUUUCCAGAGAAAUGGCUUGGAUCAUUUAAUGGAGUUCAACCUUUAUUAAUGAAAGGAAUUGGUUCAUCUACAGCGUGCCAAAAAACGUUCGAUAUGCUUAAAAAAUUGCUAUUUAUACAUGAUGUUCGACUAAUAGAUCCUACACCAGAACGAUAUUUAUAUUUACUUCUUGCUAAUCUUCCGCGACUUGUUCAUUCAUUAGAAGAUGAGAGCAUUCGAGAAGAAUGUAAAGAGUGGGCAAAAUAUUUAUCAGAAAUUGCAGAACAACAAAGUCGACAUAACCUCCUUAACGUACUGAACUCUUAUAAUAAAGGAAGAUUCAGAACUAAAGACGAUUGUUUAAAACAGGUCAUUUUAGUUCUCAGAGACAAUUAUUUUCCAGAUUAUGAAGUGCAGAUCUUAUUGUUUCUCAUGAGUCUCCUUGCAAACAAAACUCCAUAUUACAAACUUAAAACAAUGACAAUUCUUAAGAUGUUAUUACCACAUAUUGAUACACAAAGAGAUGAGUUUACUAAAAUAGGCUCUGAAUUAAUUCUACCACUUCUCCGUCUUUUAAAUUCGUCAUAUUCACAAGAGGCUUUAGAAGUACUUGAUGAAUCCAUAACUAUUUCAGUUUCCCCUGCGAAAGACAAACAAAUAAUGCGCAUGAGUCUUAACUCGAGAAGGGGAAAGGAGAUAGAUGGUGCUGCCAGCCUAUUUGGUGAUCCCGAUGAACAUGGUUGGGCAAUUCCUGAUCGACAAGCAGCCAUGGAGGCUACAAGAUUAAAUGUACAUGCAAUCUGCUAUACGUGUAAAAAAGUCCCUCAACAGGACCCUAAUUGUCAAGAUGAUCCAGACUAUCUACUAUUUUCUGAUAUUAAUAUUGACAUGAAUAGGGGAUAUAGCGAUGAGACAUCAACAGAUCAUAAAAUUCAAGAUAUUGUGUCGAAACUUCAAGAUUUGAACGAAUAUUUUAUUUUGAGCGAUGAUGUCCUUAGUAAUAAUGGAAAUAUAUCUGGUAAUUUAAAUGGAAGAGCCAUGACCAUAUCAACAACAUUUCAUAGUAAAACGCUUAGUGAUGCUGAACAUGAUUUUGAAGAAUUUGAUGAUGGCAAAUCAUCAGUGAAUAUAGACGAUUUAAUGGCUGAUGAGUCACAUAUUGAAACGUAUAUGAUAAAUAAUGACGAUAUUGAUACUAUGUCACCGCAAGAACAGGAUGAACAGGAUGAACAGGAUGAUGUGCUAAAUUCAGCAUCAUCAACUGAUGAAGAAGAUAUAAAUUUACCGGAUGACGAUGAAUCAGUACAGUCUGAUGGAAAUAGUAGCUCAUUCAAUUUAGAAUGUAAAGUUCAAGAAACUUAA